GCUAGCGCCAUCGUUCUCGCAUUAACAGAGCUCGUCGUCGCGCCGUGCGGCGCCACCUGCAGCCCGAGCUUAAGCAUGGCCAAGGUCGUCGCCGGCGACGCCGAGGCCGGCGGCGGGUCGUCGUGGCCGUCGGUGCUCGAGCUCGAGGCGCUCAUGGGCGAGCGGGAGAUGGCGGCGCUGGAGGCGCUCGUCAAGGCCAAGGGCGGCUCCGGCGGCGUCGCGGGCCUCAUGGCCAUCCUGGGCACGCCGUCGAGCGGCCUCGACGGGUCCGACGUGGCCCAGCGGCGCGCCUUCUUCGGGAAGAACGCCUUCGACGCGAAGCCGCCGACGACCUACUUCGAGCUGUGGUGGGACGCGAUGCACGACGGCGCGAUCAUCGUGCUCAGCAUCAUGGCCGCGCUGACGAUUUUGGUCUGGAUCUUCGUCGAGGGCGUCAACUGCAACAAGACGGGCUGGAUGGAGCCGACGGCGCUCAUGUUCUCCAUCAACGCCAUCACGCACACGACGGCGAUCAUCGACUACAAGAAGGAGCGCAUGUUCGCGGCGCUGACGGCGCAGCUCGACGCGUCGAACAAGAAGUUCGUGCUCCGCGGCGGCGAGUCGCUGGAGCUCGCCGACGCGGACAUCGUCGUCGGCGACGUCGUGACCUUCAACGCGCACAACGCGGCGACGAUCCCCGCGGACGGCCUCCUCGUCGCGGGGAGCGGCUGCAAGAUGGACGAGGCCGCGCUCAACGGCGAGCCCGAGCCCGCGGAGAAGACCGUCGAGGGCGCGCCCUUCAUCCUCAGCGGCACGAUCUGCUGCUCCGGCAGCGGGAAGCUGCUCGUGACGGCCGUGGGCACGCACUCCGUCUCGGGCAAGAUCAAGGCCGCGGUCUACGGCGACGACGGCGACGACGACGGCGGCUCGCCGCUCUUCGACAAGCUCGACGCCAUGUCCGUGCGCAUCGGCAAGGCGGGCAUGUUCGUCUCCGUGCUCGUCUUCUGCGUCAUGUUCGUCCUCGGCAUCCUCGUCAACGGCUCCGGCGCGAAGGACGUCAUCCACUACGCGGUGCAGUCGAUCACGAUCCUCGCCGUCGCCGUGCCCGAGGGCCUGCCCCUGGCCGUCACGCUCAGCCUCGCCUUUAGUUCGUCGAAGAUGAUGAGCGACAACAACCUCGUCAAGGCGCUGAAGGCCUGCGAGACCAUGGGCUCCGCGACGACGAUCUGUUCGGACAAGACGGGCACGCUGACGGCGAACCGCAUGACCGUGCGCGGCGCGUGCGUCGCGGGCUGCCCCGUCGGCGCACGGAUCUUGGACGCGGCGCAGAUCCCCGCGGCGCUCGCGGCCGAGCUCGGGACGCUCGUCGCCGUCUGCACGAUGGACGAGUCGUCCGUCGCGCCGCCCGAGGUCGCCGGCGGCCAGGCCGUCUUCAAGGGCAACCCGACGGAGUGCGCGUUGCUGGAGCUGGCGGCGGGGCUCGGCUGCGACUGGCGCGCGGUCCGCGAGUCGACGGCGGGCCGGUCCGAGGCGACGCGGGGCGAGGGCCACGCGUUCAUGUUCUCGAGCGCGCGCAAGGUCAUGGCCUGGGCCGUGCCCCGGGGCGACGGGUUCCGCGUCUACGUCAAGGGCGCCGCGGAGAUCGUCCUGGCGCGCUGCGAGGCCGCGGCGACGGCGGAGGGGUCCGAGCCGCUCGACGACGAGCGCAAGGAGCGGUUCUACGUGCAGGGCGUCGUCAAGGACUUCGCCUCCGACGCCAUGCGCACCAUCGCCCUCGCCUACAAGGACAUGCCCAAGCCCGAGUCCUGGGAGGCGACGAGCGCGGCGACGAAGAACGCGGACGGCACGGACGCGUUCGCGGCGGAGACGGGCCUCACGCUCCUCGCGGUCGUCGGCAUCGAGGACCCGCUCCGCGACGAGGUGCCGCCGGCCAUCGCGCGAUGCUACAAGGCGGGCAUCGACGUGCGCAUGUGCACGGGCGACAACCUGGCGACGGCCGUCGCCAUCGCGAGCCGCUGCGGCAUCUUGAGGGACCACCACUACCUGCUGCCGGACCGGGCGAUGACGGGCCGCGAGUUCCGGCGGCGCGUCCACAAAACGGACGAGGCGACGGGCGAGCAGGUCUUCGUCCAGGCGGCCUUCGACGAGAUCUGGCCGCGGCUCCGGGUCAUGGCGCGCUGCUGUGACGCGGCGACGUGCCGCCGGCUGCGCGAGGAGGAGGACAUCACGAUCUUCCCGGACCGCCAGGUCGUCGCCAUGACGGGCGACGGCACGAACGACGCGCCGGCGCUGAAGCGCGCGGACGUGGGCUUCGCGAUGGGAAUCUCGGGGACGCAGAUCGCCAAGGACGCGGCGGACAUCAUCCUCUUGGACGACAACUUCGCGUCCAUCGUCACGGCGGCCAAGUGGGGCCGCAACGUUUAUGAUUCCAUCUGCAAAUUUUUGCAGUUCCAGCUGACCGUGAACAUCGCUGCGAUCUGCGUCGCGGUCGUCGGCGCGUUCCGCUACCAGGAGUCGCCCAUCGCCGCCGUGCAGAUGCUCUGGAUCAACCUCAUCAUGGACUCCCUCGCGUCCCUCGCCCUGGCGACGGAGCCGCCGGAGGAGAGCCUCCUCGACAAGCCGCCCGUGAACCGGUCCGACUCGAUCAUCUCGGAGCAGAUGUGGUACAACAUGUUCGGCCACGCGGCCUACCAGAUCGUCGUCAUGAUGCUCCUCUACUUCGACCAGGGCGCGGCGCUCCUGCGGUGCGAGCCUGCGCACCGGCCCCACCAUGGUGGCUGUGGUGGCGCGGACUUCUCGAAGCACCACAGCGCGCUCUUCAACUGCUUCGUCAUGAUGACGCUCUUCAACGAGAUCAACUGCCGCAAGCUCCACGGCGAGACCAACGUCUUCGAGGGCGUGCUCAAGAACCCCUACUUUUGCUCCAUCUGGGGCGUCACGAUGCUCAUCCAGGUCGUCGGCGUCCAGUGCGCGGGCGGGCUCCUGGCGGUGCACAAGGACGGCAUCACGUCCUGGCAGUGGGUCGUCUGCAUCUUAUUCGGCGCGGGCGAACUGCUCUGGCAGAAGGUCAUCAACUUCGUGCUCCGGAUCACGAAGGAGCGCGCCGCCGAGGGGCCCUCCGCGUUCCGCGAGGCGGGCCUGCUCAAGUUCGGCUCCGGGAAGAUCGCGCUCCACGGCUCCGUCCGCGACAACACGCGGUCCAUCACGUCCUCGCAGCGCUCGGCGCGGAGCACGUCCUCGCGGCGCCGCCGCCAGCAGAAGUACGCGGCCCAGCCCUCGGGCGGCUCGGAGAAGAGCCUCUCCACGUAAGUUACGUCCCGAGGAGGCGUCGUCGUCGGAAGAGCCACAGCGUGCCCUCGACGGGGCGGCCGUUCUCGCGCCGAGGCGUGAAGCGGGCCUUCGAGACGCGCGACCAGCCGACGGCGGCCGCGGCGCGGUCCACGUACGCGUCCCCGUGCGCGUAGCGGCCGCCGCCGGCGUUCGGGCCUUCCGGCGCGUCCUCCGCGGCUUCGUCGGUUUCCGUCGUGAACGCGACCAGGCCGUCGGGUUCCAAGACGCCCGCGAGCGUCUCGAACAAGCGCUCGAGGUCGCCGAAGUAGCAACAUACGUCCGACGCGGCGACGACGUCGAAGCUUCGCGAUCCAAAGGCGCGCGCGUCGACGAGGUCCCCGACGACGACCUCGUCGUAGACGGGGCGGCCCGCCGCGUCGCGCUUGUCCCGCGCGAGCUUCGCGAUCUUCGAGGAGACGUCGACGCCGAAGAGCUCCGUCUCCCGGGACCGCCGCCGGAGCUCGGCGCCGAGGAGGCCGCUGCCGCAGCCCGCGUCGAGGAUGCGGCCGUCGCGGCGCUGCGCCGAGAUCAGGUCGGCGACGCGCGCGUGCGCGCAGUAGUUCAAGGUCUCCAGGAGCAUGGGCUCGAACUGCCGCGCGUAGUCGUCGAAGAGCCGCGACACGAACUGCGGCGACGCGCGCCGCUCGACGCGGUGCGGGCACCAGGGCGCGCCGCUGUCGAAGCCCAGUAACUUGCACUCGGCGAAGG